AUAUAACUACUAACUGCUCUAGUUCAAUUUUAAAAUUUCUAGUCUGUUUUGCUCCCUAAACCUUUUCAGUAUGGCCAAGAUGAUGAUAAAUAUUCCCUCAUAUUGGAAAAAAGAAAAUUAUGAUUGUAUAGAUUAAUUCAUCAAGGACCCACAACAGUUCUAGUUUUAAUUUAUGCAUUCAUUGAUGAGAUCAAAACUCAGGCUAAACUAGUAAAGUGUAUAGAUGAGAUCUUAAAAACCAUAAGAUUACGUUUAAAUAACAGUGAGAUGAUAAAUAUGUAUAGUUCAUAGAUAACUCCGAGGUCAAAUACAAAGUCACCAUCAAAGUCUUAGAGAAGAAAUGAAUAUUAAACAAAAAUUAAAAAUAAAAACAACAAAAUUAAUAAAUGGGUCAGCAUUUCUUAAGUAACAAAUGGGUUUUGUUUUGUUAGUUUAAUUCAAUCAUACAUAUCUAUUGGAUUAAAUUUCUAAAUUCUAAAAUCUCUCAGCCGCUGCCUAUAGUCCAUAAAAAAAUUCAGGUGAGUCAGCUGUUAGCUAUAUAAGGUUAAGCUAAAAUUAAGAGAAAGGAGAAAAGAACUGUGGAGAUUGAAAUGAAGAGAAGAAGGGAAAUGGAAAAAAGGUCAGAGUUAAGAGCUGCCAUUGAAGAGCUAUCCAUGUUAGCGAAAGUUCAGCCUGGUGAUAGUCUUGACGCUGCUCAUAUACCAACCAAGCCUUUUCUUCAUGUCUGCACCUUGAUUCUUCAAGUUCUUGAUAAGAUAGGCCCAACUAUGGCUGUCCUUAGACAAGACAUUCAUCAAAAUAUCCAGAGAUUGGAGAUUCUUUGCGAAACUGAUCCUACAAAGUACUCAAAUUUGAUUGAGAUGUUGAAAAAAGAAGGCAGUGAAGGCAACGCAAGAAAGGGUACCAGCUGCAGUAGAGCCUUUCUCUGGCUUACUAGGUCAAUGGAUUUUAUGGUAGCUUUGUUACAAAGAUUGGUGAAGGAUCCCGGGCAGAACAUGGAACAAGCAGUUGAAGAAUCCUAUAAUAUUACUUUGAAGCCAUGUCAUGGUUGGAUUUCAUCAGCUGCUUUUAAGGUGGGGCUAAAACUCGUGCCUGAUAACAAAACUUUCAUCAGUCUUCUCAUGACAAAAGAUCAAAAUUAUGACAACCUGAAAGAGGAUAUGCAGACCUUAAUUUCAUUACUUGUUCCUAUACUAGAAGAUAUCCACUCUAUCCUGAGAUUUUAUCGAUUGGAUAGGUUAAAGUCAACCUAAGGAGAAUAUAUGGGAAAGAAAAAGGCAAGAACAAACAUACAGAGCUUGGUUUUGUUAUAGCUUGUAGUGCUCUCCAACCCCAUUGUCUUUUCCUGUAAAUGUUAUCUGUAAAUAGCCUUCUAAAUAGCAAGAAAAUCUGCUUCAACAGCUGCUUUUUUUCUAAUGUAUGUAGACAUGUAAAAUACAGAGGAUUCCCUAAACUCUUUGUACAAAUAUUUGCAUCAUCAGGGUAACAAGCAAUUUAUUUUACUCUUGAAUCGGUCUCAUCAAGCAUAUUUAUGUAUAAAUAGUAGUUUGGAGGUCUAAUCGAGUAAAAAGGAACCCGAAACUGUUGGGAGAAUGACUUGAAAUUUAAGCAGAAACUUUUGACAGGA